GAUCACCUCUUUCGCUCUAAUGGCAGUGGUGAAAGCCGCAAGGGAGAGAGCAUGAGCUGACAUGUCCGUGAGACCGCCACGCUUCGUAGGGAGAAAAAGGAGGGUGGGUUUUGUCGCCACCCGCCUUCCGCUCCCGGCCACUUCCAGCUCGGCUUCCCCAGAUCUUUUGGCGUUUUCGCCGUCCAAUUCACCCGUGAUGGAGAGAGAACCCGAGGAGGUAGAGGAAGGCUUCUCUGUUGCCCUAGGUUGGCGUUUUUGGAUCUGGAUUGGAGGACGCAAUGAUGGUCGAAGGGAUUUGGGACUGUAAAGUUGCGAGUUUUGGAGUUCAUGUGGAGAAAAAGAGUGAACUUUGUUUCAUUUUGAUCCUACUGGAGCUGAUUUAAUUCUUGGAGUGGCACCGAUUCUCCGUUUUACUGAGGCACUCAAAAGUUGCGAUUUUGAUUCGUUCAUCCUCGGUUUCUCCUACACACACUUUUGAGGUAUACUGAACGAAGUUCUCUUGCAGUAUUUUGGUGCAGAAAGCAGGGAUAUUGUUGAGAAAGAUUAUUGUGCUUCAGCUGCUAGUUUUGUUCUGGGCAAUGUCUCCAGGAAGCUACAUUGCUUGUCUGCUCACUCUAUUCGUGGUUUUGGUCCUUGUACCCAACACAAAUGAGCUGCAAUCAUCAGAAGCUUGGUCCCUGCUGAGAAUCCAGCGACUUCUAAACUAUCCAUCUGUCUUGAGCAACUGGAGCACCAACACAGACUUCUGUAAUGCCGAUCCAAAUCCAUAUCUGACAGUCGUUUGUUAUGAAGACAGCAUAACCCAAUUGCAUAUAAGCGGUAGUGAGAACUCUCCGCCUCUUCCGAGGAGUUUCUCGAUCGAUUCCUUCUUCACUACCCUCACUCGGCUCCCAAACUUGAAGGUCCUUUCUUUGACAUCACUAGGCCUUUGGGGUCCCCUGCCAGCAAAGAUUUCUCGUUUGUCUUCUUUAGAGAUCGUCAAUAUGAGCUCAAAUUACUUAUAUGGGGCAAUUAUUCAGCAAGUUUUUAGUUUGGAUAACCUCCAAACUCUUAUACUUGAUCAUAACAUGUUUAGUGGCCGUGUUCCUGAUGCUAUAAGCAAACUUCAUCUGUUGGCUGUGUUGAGUUUAAGGAACAAUACCUUCAGUGGGCCUUUGCCAAAAUCGUUUAGUGUUCUGGAGUCACUUCGAGUCCUUGUGCUGUCAUCAAACAGUUUGUCUGGAGAUCUGCCUGAUCUUAGCCGUUUGACUAACCUCCAAGUUCUUAAUCUAGAGAACAACUAUCUUGGACCUAAUUUUCCACGUUUGGGAAGGAAGGUGGCAUCAAUCAUGUUGAGCAAAAAUAUGUUUGGUGGUGGGUUUCCAGCUAAGCUUAGCUCAUAUUAUUUGCUUGAACAGUUGGAUGUCUCUUUCAAUAGAUUCGUCGGGCCGUUUCUGCCGUCAUUGUUGUCUCUCCCUUCUAUUCGAUACCUAAAUAUUGCUGGAAACAGAUUCACUGGAAUGCUUUUCCGAAACAUGACAUGCAAUGAUGAUCUCAUGUUUGUGGACUUGUCUUCAAAUCUUCUGUCUGGGAAAUUGCCGACAUGCCUGACUUCAGAUUCUAAGAACAAGGUGUUUCUGUACUCCUCAAAUUGCUUGAGAAUCAAAGAUCAUAGUCAGCACCCAUCCUCAUUUUGCCAGACUCAGGCUUUAGCUGCGGGAAUACUGCCUCAUAAAGAAAUGAGAGUAUCAGGUGGAAGAACAGCUAUGGCGGUAGGUGCAGCCGGAGGAAUUGUUGUAAGUGUUUCCUUGGUCGGUCUUGCAGUAUUUUCUGUGCUUAGAAGAAUAAAUAUCAAGAGGGCAAUGAAGAAACCUCCAAGAAGAAUAGUAGAGCAUGCUUCAAAUGGCUAUCCUCCCAAGUUGCUGGCUGAUGCAAGGUACAUAUAUCAGACAAUGAAGCUGGGAGCACUUGGCAUACCAUCUUAUAGAUCAUUUUCGUUGGAGGAGCUUGAAGCUGCUACAAACAACUUUGAAACAUCAAGUUUAAUGGGAAAAGGUUCUCAUGGUCAGUUAUACAGAGGAAAACUCAAAGAUGGCUCCCUUUUGGCAAUAAGAUGCCUAAAGCUGAAAAAGAGCCAGAAUUCCCAGAACUUCAAUCACCACAUUGAACUAAUUUCCAAGCUUAGGUAUCAUCAUUUAGUGAGUGCCCUUGGUCACUGCUUUGAGUAUCACCCUGAUGAUUCCAGUGUCAGCAGAUUAUUUCUCAUUUUUGAAUAUGUGACAAAUGGAACAUUGAGAAGCAAUAUAUCAGUGGAAGGACAUAAGUUAACAUGGAUGCAGAGGAUAUCUACUGCCAUUGGCGUAGCAAAGGGUAUCCAGUUUUUGCAUGGGGGUAUUAUACCCGGCUUAUUUGCAAAUGAUCUGAAAAUUACAAACAUACUUUUAGAUCAGAACCUUAUUGCAAAAAUUAGCAGCUAUAAUCUUCCAGUACUAGCAGAGAAUAUGAAAGCCAUGGUACUGGCUGGAAGUUCUUCAAGUGGAUCAAAUGAGCUCGGCGAAAGGCAUGUGGAAAGACAUUUGAUACCUUAAAUGCUUAGUUAGAUCUAUAGAUGACAACAAAAUAUAGUAGCGUCCAACAAAGGAAACCGAAGAAUAUCAACUUAACAGAUGAACAAAAUGAAGAAUCAAGGGCUUUAGAAUUGGGCAAUAAUUUUAUAAUUAUGAUGUCUUCCAAUAAUAUGUAUGAUCAAAUAUUUGAAUGGAAAACAAGUGUUUUUGCAAUCAACUUAUGUUAAUAAAUUUUGAAGAACAAAUAUCAGUUAACUCGGAAAUCAGGCUAUAAUUGGAUUACUCUACAUGUUGUGCGGGUCAACUUCCAACACAGUUUAUGGACAAAACUGUAUCUACUUCCUCGUCUUAUAUGAACUUCAACAUAUAAAGAUUGUCUAGAAACAUUAUAUAGCCAUCAAGCAGAUUCUAUAUACUUGGUUCAUUUAUUGCUUUGCUCCGAAAACAUGAUUUUUUAAGAUAUUAAUUUUUAAAUUGGUAGAGUAAGUUGCACGCUUUAGUCAAGCAUGUAGGAGCACAAUCAGUACUGUGUUUCGAAUAUUCAAAUCACUUGCAUGAAAUCGAUGCUCUUUUACGCAUUGCAUGUCUGUAUUUCUUGAAUGAAUUUAUGAAAUUUGUUUUAUUGUUUAUGAGCCCUCACUCUUAUGUUAUUGCAUGCAUUGGCAUUGUGUCAGUUAUAUAUUGCAUAUAUGAUAGUAUAUGUGUUUUG